AUGGUUGAGACGAGAGAUGGAAGAAAGUGUAAUGACCAUUUUCCAAAGCAGGGGAUAAGGAAGACAAGUAAAUCUAUUCAGUGUGGAGAGUACUUCAGAAAUAGAUCACAGCCCCUUGUGCACCAACAAAUACAUGGAGGGGAGAAAUUUUUUGAAUGCUCAGAGUGCGGAAAGAGAUUCAGUAGGAGUGGCACUCUUCAACUGCACAAAAGAACCCACACAGGGGAGAAACCUUUUGAAUGUGCAGAGUGCGGAAAGCGAUUCAGUUUGAGGGGUAACCUUUACAAGCAUCAAAGAACCCACACAGGGGAGAAACCUUUUGAAUGUGCAGAGUGUGGAAAGAGAUUUAGUGCGAGGGGGAAUCUGUACAAGCAUCAAAAAACCCACACAGGGGAGAAACCUUUUGAAUGUUCAGUGUGUGGAAAGCGAUUCAGUGUGAAGGGUAACCUUUACAAGCAUCAAAAAACCCACUCAGGAGAGAAGCCUUUUGAAUGCUCAGUGUGUGGAAGGAGAUUCAAUAGGAGUGGCCAUCUUCAACGGCAUCAAGGAACCCACACAGGUGAGAAAUCUUUUGAAUGCUCAGAGUGUGGAAAGAGAUUCAGUCGGCGUGCCACUCUUCAAAAGCAUCAAAGAACCCACACAGGGGAGAAACCUUUUGAAUGCUCAGAUUGUGGAAAGAGAUUCCGUGAUAGCUGCCAUCUUCAACAGCAUCAAAGAACCCACACAGGGGAGAAACCUUUUGAAUGCUCAGAGUGUGGAAAGAGAUUCAGUCGGCGUGCCACUCUUCAAAAGCAUCAAAGAACCCACACAGGGGAGAUAACUUUUGAAUGCUCAGUGUGUGGAAAGAGAUUCAGUGAUAGCUGCCAUCUUCAAUGGCAUCAAAAAACCCACUCAGGGGAGAGACCUUUUGAAUGCUCAGUGUGUGGAAAGAGAUUCAAUCGGUGUGCCACUCUUCAACGGCAUCAAAGAACCCACACCGGGGAGAAACCUUUUGAAUGUUCAGUUUGUGGAAAGAGAUUCAGUGAGAGUGGUAGUCUUCGAAACCACCAAAGAACCCACACGGGGGAGAAACCAUUUGAAUGUUCAGUUUGUGGGAAGAGGUUCAGUGAGAGUGGCCAUCUUCGAGUGCACCAAAGAAUCCACACAGGGGAGAAACCUUUUGAAUGCUCAGAGUGCGGAAAGCGAUUCAGUCAAAGUGGCACUCUUCGAUAUCAUCAAAAAGCCCACACAGGGGAGAAGCCUUUUGAAUGCUCAGAGUGUGGAAAGAGAUUCAGUUGGAGUGGCGAUCUUCAUCAGCACCGAAGAACCCACACAGGGGAGAAACCUUUUGAAUGCUCAGAGUGCGGAAAAAGAUUCAGUCCCUGCCCCCCUUAG